AUGGCAUCCGAUGCUGCCAUUGUCACUUGGGGCUCGGGUGAAGAUGGACAGUUGGGAAUCGGGAACAACGAGGAGAAGGAGUGGGUAUGUGUUGUCGAAGCCCUCCAGUCACGGACUGUCCGGUCUGUUGUCGCUGGUAGCCGAAACUCUCUUGCCAUUUGCGAUGAUGGCAAGUUGUUUACAUGGGGUUGGAACCAAAGAGGAACCUUGGGGCACCCUCCAGAGACCAAAACCGAGAACAUUCCUAGCCAAGUUAAAGCUCUUGCCAAUGUUAAAAUUGUUCAGGCUGCUAUUGGUGGAUGGCAUUGUUUGGCUGUUGAUGAUCAAGGCCGUGCUUAUGCCUGGGGUGGAAAUGAGUAUGGACAGUGUAGUGAAGAACCUGAGCGGAAAGAUGACACUGGUAGACCUUUGAGAAGGGAUAUAGUGAUUCCUCAGCGCUGUGCACCGAAGCUUGUAGUCCGCCAGGUAGCUGCUGGGGGUACUCACUCUGUGGUACUUACACGUGAUGGGCAAGUAUGGACUUGGGGUCAGCCGUGGCCUCCGGGAGACAUAAAACAAAUUUCAACACCUGUGCUAGUACAAGGUCUUGAUGCAGUGAAGCUCAUUGCAGUUGGGGCAUUUCAUAAUUUGGCUCUUCAAGAGGAUGGUACUUUAUGGGCAUGGGGUAACAAUGAAUAUGGACAGCUUGGAACUGGAGAUACCCAGCCUAGAUCACAACCUAUUCCUGUCCAGGGUCUUUCUGGUCUUACUUUGGUGGAUAUUGCUGCUGGAGGAUGGCAUUCUACUGCACUCACAGAUGAUGGAGAGGUGUAUGGUUGGGGACGAGGGGAACACGGAAGGCUUGGAUUUGGCGAUAAUGAUAAAAGCAGUAAAAUGGUGCCCCAAAGGGUUCAUCUUUUAGCUGGGGAGGAUAUUGUUCAGGUGUCUUGUGGAGGCACUCACUCGGUUGCAUUAACACGUGAUGGGCGCAUGUUUUCGUUUGGUCGAGGUGACCAUGGACGUCUUGGAUAUGGAAGGAAGGUGACAACCGGUCAACCAAUGGAAGUGCCCAUCAACAUCCCUCCCAGAAAUGGCACUGAAGACAAUGGACACUGGAUUGCCAAACUUGUUGCUUGUGGGGGACGCCAUACUCUGGCGAUAGUAGUUUGGAAAGCUGAUGAAGCAGAAGAAUCAUAA